AUGGUUCAUCAGUCUUUUUAUGAUUAUUACUUUAAUGCUCCGAAUAGUAGUAGUAGUGCUACUACGACCACGACCACGACGAGUAGUAGCAGCAACAGUAAUGGUGGACAUCCAACAACAACAACAACAGGAUAUAUUCUGAAUAACAAUAAUAACAUCAUGAUGAAUCAACACAAUAACUUGAGUCAUUUUCAAAGUAACAUGAAUGCAGUGGCUGGGAACAGUACGAAUAUUUCAGACCUGUUUAAUUUUCAAACACAACAAGCUUCCAUGAUGAAUGGUAUGAUGUUUCCUCCAACAAGUUUGAAUAAUACGACAACCAGUACAUCUUCACAACAAAUUUUAACAAGCGAACAAGUCAAUCACCAGCAUUCACAAAAAACUCCACAACAAUUAGAAUUGGAACAAAUACUCCUAAUGUAUUUUAACCGUAAUCAACAACAACAACAACAACAUGCUCCAAUAUUUCAAGAUUCACAACAGCAAGCAAGCUCAUCAAUGAAUGAUCAUGUAACAACAACUGGAGCUCCAUCAUCUUCCAAGAAAAAGAAGAAAUCAAAAGAAUCUGCAUCUAAAAAACAUAUUGUAAGAAACAAAAAAGUGGAAUGCUCGUAUAACUUGCAAUUCCAUCAUGUCACACUCAUGGAAUCAAUUUCAUCGUCGGAUGCAAAUAUUGAACGAUUAGCAGCUAUUACCAAGUCUAACCUCGCAUCUACCGAUUGGUCACUCUUAGAUGAUCCUAUUCCCCCAACUUCAGUAUUUGCUGUUGAAACUGAUGUUGAGAAUGAGGCCAUUGAAACAGGAAUUUUGAAGCACAGAAAAACCAUUCGAUUCAAGAUUACUGCAGAUUUACAAAAUACUCUUUAUUAUGGACCCAAUGAUCCACACAUGUCCAUUUAUGCCUAUCUCUAUGAAACAUCAGAUCCACCAAAACUCCACAUGUACAGCACAGAGAAUAUGAAAGGAAAGAAGAGUCGAAAUAUUAUCAAGUUUGAUGUUUACAAAAAGAUUAAGAUUGCUUCACUCAUCACAAAUUUUCAUUUAGGUUUGGUUAUCUUGGAACAACGAUCAGCAACUGAAAAAACAGCAACUGUUCACAUCUUGAACAGUGUCUUAAAAUUUGACAAGAUGAUGGACAAUGAUAAGAAGCGAAAAGACACAGAUGGCAACUCAGAACAGGUAGACGAGGAAUCAAAUGAAGAGUUAGAAGAAGAGCCCCAGUUUCCCAAGCCUAAAAAGAAGAAGAACAAAUCCAAAAAGUCAAAAGAGACUCAAUCUUCUACUGAAGAAAUCACAAAGACACCUACUGCUGUUGAUUCCUCAUCAGCAAUACCGUCAGCAGACAUGAACAAUACAACUGACGCUACUGAUAUUUCUAAUUCACUGUUAGUUCGAGAGCCACUCCAUUCAUCCUUACAGAAUGAAAUUGUGAGCUUUUAUGAAAAUUAUGCCACAGUGGUAGAUUUAUUACAGAACCCGAAAAAGGACGCCAUCUUUGGAAUACUUGAAAGCAUGCUGUUGAGAGCUCGAAUUGCAGCAUCUCCAGAACACUUUUCUUCAGAUCCUGUUGAGGUCUCCAUUUUAAUAGACUUUCUUGCAAAAAUUGGACCCAGAAUUGUGUCACAAUUAUCAGACGCCGACAAUGCAACAAACUCCAUGACGACGACGACUACAAAACCAACAGACGACUUUACGAACAUUCUCAACACACCAUUUAGUCAAUCUCAGGGUUUUGAUGUCAAAAGCUAUUUUGAUUUUUAA